UUUUUGAUACAUUUCUAGUGGACUCCAUGCGCCUUGUUUGCAACUAUGCUGCAUUUCUGCUACAAAGAAACCAAAAUAUCAAAUAAUAUCAGUAAUGCAAGAAUUUGUGGUUUGAACCUGUAGGCUUUGUAUGAAAAUAUUGUUAUUUAAGCUCCGGAAUGCUGCUUAUUAUAAACCAGAAACGGUCUACAAAUAAUUAAACUUUUUCCUCAAUGCAUUUGAGCCACGAAAAAACAUUACGCAGGACAAAGUCCCAGUGUGUCAUGAAAGGAAUGGUAGCCAUUACCAUUGAGGCAAGCAAAUCCAGCAUGAGGAAGGCGAUAAAAGAUGCGACAAAAAGAGACUUGAAGAGCGAUAUUGAUCUUCAAACAGAAACAGAAUAAAAAAAAAUAUCAAAUACCUGGAGGUGAGUUUUGUCUUUGCAUAGGCCACACUAGUACAAAAAAAAAACAAAAAAUUAGGCCACUGCUACCGAAAAAACAAAAAAGGCGGGUAAGCAAAAACAGAAGAUUGCUUUUUCGUUCUCAUUUUGCCUGCAACACGAAGGAAAAGGCAGAGCGGCGUAAGAGCGAGCAACCCCGAUAGAACGGAGGCUGGGGCUUGAGAGAGAGUGCUUUCUGGGCCAUGCCCUUCUCUUCUUCCUGCCCACUUCUGCUACCCUGCCAAAGAGGCAGAGCCCAAACCAAGCAAGAGGGGGAAAAGUCACAAACAUUAUUGCCUCCUCUUAAUAGAUGCUGUUCCCCGGUGACUAAGUUUGGACUAAACGAUGUACUCAAAGUGGUCUGAAGCUUCAAGUAUCAUCAUAAAGACAUUUAUUUGACAGAACGAUAGCAGCACGGAGAAAUGAGCUUAAAGAACCCAAAGAGAGUACUUACAGGCAGCCUUGAACAGACGCCAACAAAGGAAGCAAAGCCUUUUGUCAGCACUUGGCAUCCUUCCCAGAGUCAGCAGAGGACAAUGGUGACCCAGAGCUGGACACUCCCAUCCCGGACAGCAGAGAGGACCAUGCCCUCUGAUUUGGAGGUUGGCAGUUGGGAAACAGCAGCAUCUAGUGGUUAUUAUCACACUACAAGAGAAGCCUGGACACAUGACAGCAGUGAUCUGGAUGAGGAAAAAUGUGGCUCAUCCCUGCAGCUGCCCACUCAGAAGCCAAAGAAGAAGAAAGAGGAGGCCAACAGCACAGCUGAGGCGAAGCUGAACGGGACCGAGGCCAAGAUAAAAAAAAUUAAAAGCAAAAAGAACGAGGAGGCGUCAGAGGAGAGCCUGGCCUUGCAAAAUGGCAAAAAGGUGAAGAAAAAGAAACCAGAAAAAAGUAAAGAAGAACCUGAAAAAGAGAAGGAAAAGGAGACAAAAAAGAAAGUCAAAAGUGCUCCCAAAAAGAAGAAAGGAUCCGUCACAGAUGAUGACGACGACGAGGAUGAGGACACUCCUAAAAUGAAAACCAAGAGAAAGACGACCAAGGACACCUCACCGCCCGCCAGUUCUGCCAAAGAGAAGAAAUCUAAGUCUAAAGAGGACAAAGAUGAUGGAAAAGAGAAGAAGUCCAAGACCAAAGAUAAAGACAAGAAGAAAGAACCAGCCUCAAUGUUCCAGAUAAAUGGUGAUAAGGAAUCAAAAAGCAAAAAGAAAGCAGCCGCCAAGUCUGACAGCGACGACAGUGAAGAAGAAACAAAGUCCACCAAAUCAAAGAAAAAAUCAGCCGCCAGCUCCACGUCGUCUCUGUUCCAAACGUCAGGUGACAAAGACAAGGAGAAGAAGACCAAAAAAAAAGGUACAUUUAUUAUUACUAUUACCAAAACAUUGCUACCACUUCUGAAAUCACUGACACAAGUGCUGUUUACCUCAGCAAAGGCAGAAGAGAGCGAAGAUUCAGAAUCGGAAAAAGAAGAGAAAUCCAAAAAGAAAAAGGGUAAAGGGAAGAAGAAGAAGGCGAGAUCGCCAUCCCCGGAGAUUGAGUUUGACAACUUGGAGGUUUUCGUGAUGGAGCCGGCACCUCAAGGCGUGACCGUCAAAUGCAGAGUGACUCGGGACCAGCGGGGGAUGGAUAAAAGCCUUUAUCCUCUUUAUUACCUUCAUCUAGACAAUGAGAAGAAGACAUUUCUGUUGGCGGGCAGGAAAAGAAAGAAAAGCGCAACCUCAAAUUAUCUCAUUUCCAUUGACGCCACAGACUUAUCAAGAGGUGGAGAGAAUUUUGUAGGAAAGCUAAGGUCAAAUUUAAUGGGCACCAAGUUCACUGUGUUUGACAAUGCUCUAAACCCCGAAAGAGCCCUUCCAGACAUGUCCAAUGCCCGGCAGGAGUUAGCAGGCAUCACCUAUCAAACAAAUGUGUUGGGAAUGAAGGGGCCCAGAAGAAUGACAGUCGUCAUUCCCGGUAUGGACAAGAACAACGAACGAGUUCCCCUCCGGCCAAGAAAUGAUUAUGACGGCUUGUUAAUAAGACACGAGAACAGAAGGAUGGAAAAUCUGAUUGAGCUUCACAAUAAGACGCCUGUGUGGAACGAAGAAACGUCGUCACAUGUGCUCAACUUCAACGGCAGGGUCACCCAGGCCUCUAUUAAGAACUUCCAGAUAGUCCAUAGCAAAGACUUGGACUACAUUGUGAUGCAGUUUGGCCGAAUUGCCGAUGACAUUUUCACACUGGACUUCAAGUACCCCAUGUGCGCUGUGCAGGCCUUCGCCAUCGCACUUUCUAGCUUUGAUGGCAAACUUGCCUGCGAGUAACCUAGGAGGUAAAUACACUGCCGCUGAGGACUGCACACAAGACACACCCCACACACACACCUGUCACACCAACCCAGCCCUUUUGGAUUUGCAGCUGAUAAAUGACAGCUCAGUGAAUGUGACAAUACCUGCUGUUGUUACGGAGGUGCUGCUCUCUUAGGUGUGUUGUUCUUUGCCAGGAGUGUGUCAAACAAAGAUGGCUUCACAUUGUCGUCUGAUCUGCUGCAGCGCUGGAAACUCAUGGUUGUAUUUCUCACUAAUUAGCAGAAACAUUUACUGUUAUACCCCCUCAUGUCAUGGAAAAGUCCAUUAACAUCAUUAGAAUGGUGUUGUGAUAUAUUUCAUUGCAUUCAAAUGAAGGUAAUAUUUCAUUUGUUCCAGGCGAAACAACAUACAGUUCAUUUUCAUUAGGACUUUAGUUGUGAACCUGUCAACAAUGUUGAUUUCAAGUUUCUUGCUCAUUUGUUUAUUUUACGUGUAUUAGAUUUUGAGCAUUUUUUUGGUUUGUAAAUUUUUUUAACAAUAAUUUUUGUUAAAUUUUUGGGCCUGUUGCAACAAUGUUAUUUAAUAAAAUAUGUCAAAUUAAUGCAUGCAUGUGUUACAUCCAGUGGUGUGCAGUCGGGCCAGCAAGGCCUUCACUGCUGGCCUAAACAUGAUAAGAAGCACUGAUCUACAGUUACAACUUAAAUUCUAUUAUUUGUACCAUGACAUUUUAUUAAUUUAUUCCCGGUUGUUGUCUUUAUUUAAUAACACGUUUCUUGACUACACUGCUUUCAGAAGUGUAUGUGUAUGUUAACGUUUUUCUGUUUUUUUGUCUUUCCAUAUCAAUAUAUUCUGCCCAGGGCCUUCACAAUCAAGUGUGCUGGCCCACGUAACGUACACACUAUUUGCAAUCAGGCUGUUUCUGAAAUACUAAAUAAAGAAGUUAGAAGUGAGUCUUGAAAAAAAUUUGGGAUGGCUCUGAAUGCUCGGUUUCAGAGAACUUUUUCCAACACUAGCUGUUUGUGAUGUCACAAGGAGCUGGGCUUUGUUUUAUACUGUACAUGGUUGUCAGCUAUGGCUCCCGUGAAAUCUUUCUAUGAUGCACAAUCAGGCAGAAGUGGUUGGAUUCGGUGAUUCCCAUUUCACAAGGGACUGUUUUUGUUGACAUAGACCCACAAAAGUCCAGAAAUACUUAGGAGUGUGACCAAUCACGGCGGAGUUGACAUGCUUGGAGGCAGGCCAACUUCUAAACCGCUCCAGCCUUUAUUUAGUUCAUGGCCUACAGGUUUUGUUGACGUCUUAAAAUUUCUUUGGAACUUUUAUACAGUAUCAAUCUUCUGCCUUCAGCUGUCAGCUUGCAACUAAUCAGACAGGUUUGAGUCGCCCCAAGCUCUGGCUCUAAAAUGAAAAACCAGUUUGAGGUGACAGCUUCAAGUGUACGUGUGAGGUGAGGAUUCUGCCUCAACCUGCUAAGGCAGUUGUCCAAACUUGAAAUGAAGCUUUCAAAUUGGCAAGUUGACAGACGCGCAAAGGUGAGCUUUUACAGCCCACACAGGAAUCAAAUUUAUCUGGUCACCUUAGACAUUAUUUCACAAGUCCUUGCAAUCAUGAUGUUGACCAAAAGAAGGUGCUGUUGCAGGGUUGGGGAAACAUGUCCAGUGUCUUUGCUUGUCACCUUUUGCAGAAGUUGUGUGAGAAACCCUAGUUCAAGUUCCACUUCAGAACAUUUAUGCACUUUAUAUUUCAAUGUCCUCUACAAAGUAAUCAGCAUUUUUACAGUUAUUGUGAGCCGUAAUUAUGCUUAUGCAUGACCUUUGGCUUCUACUUUCACUUUCUACAGCACAAGUCAUUCUAUUUGGCAUGGAAUAAAAGUCAUAUGUGGAGAAGUAAAUAUUUACAUUAUGACAAAUGGCAACAUCCAAAUUCUCCAAAUUGUCCAUAGGUAUGAAUGUGAGUGUGAAUGGUUGUUUGUCUAUAUGUGCCCUGUGAUUGGCUGGCCAACAGUCCAGGGUGUACAACCCUGACUUGCCUGAAGUCAGCUGGGAUAGGCUCCAGCAUACCCCUGUGACUUUGUGAGUAUAAGCAUCAUAG